UUUGAAAAUUUCUUAUUUAUUAUUAUUCUUAUUUAUUCUUUAUUUAUUAUGUAAAAUUAUUUUCUUUUCCAUUUUUCCCAUAACGGAGAAGUAAUUGAGUUGCAAGUAAAUAACAUUAAAAAUGUUAUUAAAAGGCAAUGGAUGUACUUCACAGAAGAGAGCGAAGGUGGGGCUCUCUUCUUCCUUUUCAUAAAUAAAAUAUGUCCCCAAACACUACGAUAAAAAAAUCUGAGAUAUGAGUGAUCGUCUUAUUGCCGUUGAGUGGCAAUACUUAAGAAGACAUCUAUACAGAAGCUGCGUAAAAAUUUAAGGGGGCACUCGCAGUUGUAACUUUCAAAAAAUAGAUUUUUUUUCUUGCAUUUUCUUAGAGUAUAUGCAGUUAAAAAAUGUCUACAAAAUUUUAAGAUGAUCCGGUGAAAAUUGAAUGAGAUAUACAGGCUGUGUGGGUCUUUAUACCUUUAUAUUUGAAAUAGGAUUUUGGAAGCAGCUUCAUCUGCGGAAGAACUAUUAUAUGGACCCGGAAUUGUUGAUUUUAUCUGAUUUCCAACAAAAAAUUUCAUCUUCAUGUAAAUAUAAGUUAAAACUUUAAACACGUUUUUUACAAAAAUAUAUUUUUGAAGUCGGUGACCACUAUUAUUGAAAACUACUGAACCGAUUGUCUUGAAAUUUAACAUACUUUUUCAAUACAUAAUAAUCUACUCUUUAAUCGAAGGAUAAACACUUGACUUAACACUCAAAUUUUGCAUAAAGUUAUCGAUUCAAGCCUGGUGAUCCAUGGGAAAUGGAACGCAUGCGUUUAACAGGACGCUGUAAGACUGCGUGCUUAUCGAGCACAUGGCACUCUUGAAUCGAUCGUUAACGUCAAUAAACGUAAAAUUAUAUAUUUAUUAUGUGAAUUGUAUGUGAGCGAAUGGUUCAUAUUGUGUCGACAUUAGAAAGAUUUUACAUUGAUAAUUUAAAGGAUAUUAAUCUAUUUCGUCGACAACUUGAAAAUUAUAUGUUUUAUGUGUAUUAAAAUUUAAACAUAAAUAUGAAUGGUAUUACUGGACAGUGUACGAAAGUUAAGUCUGACAAGAUAAAUAACAAAGAUGACUCAGGAGAUGUAGUUAGAAAACCCGGACCACUAAGAAAUGUUUCCUGGAGUGAAAACGUGGAAACUUCAGAAUUAGAUAUUCCUGGAACACCGAGGACUCCAAGAACAUCUACUACUCCAGGACAUGAAAAAUGCACAUUUCAUCAUGAUCUGGAGUUGGAUCAUCGUCCACCUACAAGAGAAGCAUUACUUCCAGAAAUGUCACGAAGUUAUAAAUUACUUUUAAAUUCUCUUGGAGAAAAUCCGGAUCGACCUGGACUUUUAAAGACACCAGAGAGAGCAGCUAAGGCUAUGUUAUUUUUUACAAAAGGAUACGAUCAAAGCCUUGAAGAUGUCAUCAACGAUGCAAUUUUUGAUGAAGAUCAUGAUGAAAUGGUCGUUGUUAAAGAUAUAGAAAUGUUUUCAAUGUGUGAACAUCAUUUGGUACCUUUUUAUGGAAAAGUAUCAAUUGGAUAUCUUCCACAAAAGAAAGUUUUAGGUCUCAGUAAAUUAGCAAGGAUUGUCGAAGUGUUCAGUCGUCGUUUACAAGUACAAGAGCGACUUACUAAGCAAAUAGCAGCUGCUGUUUCCAAUGCAGUUCAUCCAUCUGGGGUAGCAGUUGUCGUGGAAGGAGUGCACAUGUGUAUGGUCAUGAGAGGAGUACAAAAAAUAAACAGUAAAACCGUGACUUCAACCAUGUUAGGAGUUUUUCGAGACGAUCCAAAAACUCGAGAAGAAUUUCUCAACCUAGUUCAUUCAAAGUGAAAUUUAAAUAGUAAUAUAUGAAGAAUGGAAUCGAAAUAUUUUUCUAGUACAAGCACUGGGAUCAAAUAAGGUUUUCAACACCACAAAUUCUGUAUUUAUAAACUGAAAUAUUGAAUACAACAAUGUCGUAUAUGUAAUUAAUUUUCCAAGUUUCUGAAGUAAUUUAUAAUUAAUUCAGAAACUUCAGAAAUAAAUAAUUUUUUAUUUGACAUAAAAAAGUCUAUAUCAAUUGUAAAUUAAAAUAUCUUACAACUCGGUUUUUUGUUAUACGUCAUUGUUGUAUACAAUUUUCCAGUUACAAAAAACUACUAUAACGAUUAUUUUAUGUCCAAAUAUUUUCAUAUUUAAAAAUACAUAAAAAUAUCAACUUAUGUAAGAAAAGUUAGAAGCUCCGAAUUACUUAAAAAAUACGAUUUCCAUCCUUAGAGAUCAAAUUAAAAAUUUUUUCUUUUAUCGAUCAAUUUUUUUUCUAUUACAAUUCAGACCGUAUUACGGUACUAUUAAUUCUCUUAAAUAAGUUUGAUCGAUAUUAAAAAAACAUUUUAAUUAUCUACUUAACAUCGUUGAGUAGAGAUCUUUAAGCUGCUGAAUAAAUGACAUUUAAGACAAUAAUUUGGAGUCUUUUACAAUUUUGAAGUUGAAAUAUAUAAUUUGUAAUAUAGAGUCGAUCACGAAGACAUCAAUUAUUGGGGAUUUCAAAUUUAUUACGAUAGAAGUAAAAGAAUAUUUUCAUGAGUCGCAUCUAAUAAGUGAAGAAAGGAUUACUAUUAUUUAUACUUAGUUUUAUCAAGAAUUAUAAUUAAUAUAUUCGUUAUACAUGUAUUACAACUUCAAACUUGUAAAUGUGCAUUUUUUAAUGAUAUGCAUAAAAAGUAUAUAUUUAUGUAAAUGUAUUAAAAUUGAUUAAUUGAUUAUUCUAAUUGAAAGGAUACUUAUAAAAUAAUACAACUAUUUUAAUUAAUAGUGUAAAAAAUGUUUAAGUAGGGGAGAGCCGGCCAGACCCGUUUCCUUAAGGUUUUCUAGUUAUUAUUUUUAAAACAUAGAUAUAAAUGUUUGUUUCGAUGAUUGAAUAUCAUUAAAAAAAGGUUUGACGUACAUCGAAAGCACAAACAUUUAAGAAAUAAAUGUAAAUAACACAAGUAUAAAAUGAAAAGGCCUAGACUGCUUUUGUUUCUAGUUAUUUACAUUAUAUUACAUUUUUUAAUUUAAAAACGAUUUUAACAAAAAGCAAAUAGUAAGUAACAUAGUUUAGUAAAUAUUAUAUAUGGACGUGUCCAACCCACUCUCCCCUAUAGUUGUUAAUGUUUAUAUCCGUUGGUUGAUAUAAUAUGUUUGGAUGUACGUUUAAUAUCGAAAUGAUUGAUAAUAUUCCAAGGUUAAUAUACAUUUUAGCAAAAUGUAACAGCCAUGCAUUUUGCUAGAAUAUUGACAUUAAGUUCAUAAAUGAAUCUUUGGGUUCAAUAAGAAGGUACGCUUUGCGUAGUUUCAAAUAUAUACUUAAAGCCAGGAAGUCAACAUUCCCACUAUUUGAUUGGUAAAAGAAUUAUAUUUGCAAUAAAAUCUUUAACUUAUUUGUCGUUGUUCUACCUGGCUCUUGAACUUGUAAGCGCGGCAAGUUCCUUUUUCGAUAGAAACUUUCGAUACGAAUGGAGGAUAAAUUCAUCGAAGACAAUAAUAAAAAUCUGAAUCCUCAAUGUUAUU